UAAGCCGCAAAACUAUUAACCAAAUUAACUCGCAACAACACCCAAACUUGAAACCUGGCUUUUCUCCCUCUCUCUUGAUGGCACUCAUCUUCUCUUCCUCGUUGUUGCUGAUCAACACCGACCAAUGGGGGAGCCAACAUCAUCACACACCGCCAAAGCUUCUUCAACAACACCUCCCCCACCACCACCAGUACCCCUCUCCCCCAAAAUCUCCCUCGUCCAACCCUCCCAGAAGAAGAAACACAAACCCAAAAUGGUUCGCGUCUUCCGCUCUGUCUUCCGUUCCUUACCCAUCAUAACCCCCGUAUGUAAAUUCCCCUCACUUCCCGCCGGCAUCCCCGACGGCCACCACCACCACCACCAUCUCAGAACCGUCAAUGGAAGCAGCGGCGGUACGAGGGUAUCGGGCACGCUAUUCGGAUACCCUAAGGGACGUGUGAGCCUGUCCGUUCAGGAGACUCCAAAGUGCUUCCCCACGGCAGUGAUCGAGCUGUCCAUGCAUACCAGCGCGCUGCAGAAGGAGAUGGCAGCCGGGAUGGUGAGGGUGGCGCUCGAGUGUGAGAAGCGGUCAGAGAAGGACAAGACGAGGUUGUUGGAGGAGCCGUUGUGGACAAUGUUUUGUAAUGGGAAGAAAACCGGGUACGGUAUGAGGAGGGAGGCGACGGAGGAGGAUCUUAGUGUGAUGGAGCUCCUCAAGGCCGUGUCGAUGGGUGCCGGCGUUCUUCCGAUGAGGUCUGGCGGCGGUGAUGAUGUGGAUGGUGGAGAGAUGACUUAUGUGCGAGCACCUUUUGAGCAUGUCGUGGGGUCGAAGGAUUCAGAGACUCUUUACAUGUUAAGUCCAGAUGGGAAUACUGCUGGGCCUGAGCUUACUAUAUUUUUUGUCAGGAUUUGAGAAUUGAUCCCAUGUUAAUGUAGAAAGGUCUAAUAAAUUUUAUGAGGUUCAGAUUUCAGAGGUUAGAAUGUGACAGAACUAGGAUUGUAAAUGAUUGUAUUUGUAUACUAAUGCAUCAAUGAUAUUAUAUAUAACUUAUUUUGUGUUUGUGUUUGAAUCGUUUGCAUGGCUAAUGUCUGUUGUAUAAUCAAUUGAUUAAUUAAUGUAAUUUAGUUUUGUGUUCUUACAA